UGAGUUUCUGGAAGAAAGUUUGAACAAUUUCAUAUGUGAUGGAACUUUGUUUGUAGAUACAUACAAACGGAAAUGGCUCUGUGAAAUACGUACGUUUGAGAAAUUCACAGACUGCAUCCUUAUAUCGGUUGAGAAAACCAAAGGUGUUGCUACUGUAGAUUUCAAAACUAAGGUCUGCUCGGAUUUACAGGUCGAAAGACCAUCAACGCUUAACAUCGUGUCUCUCUUGUCUCACAGGAAAAGGUCCUCCGAGAAAGCUGCGGAAUUAAGAGGCUUGCAAUCAACUCCACACGAAAGUCGGAACAUCCAGCUCAAAGCAUAUAGACCCAAAGAACAAGACAAAAGCGCCAUUGAGAGUCACCCAGAUACAUUUGCCAAAUAUAUUUGGGAAAAACUUCGAUUCCGAGAAUAUCUCAGUUGUAUGACAAAAAAUGAAGAAGGGGGAUCCUUUUAUCUAGGAAUUACCGAAAAAGAAACAAAAUAUACAAACACAUCACCGGACAUCUCAUUCACUUACAGUAGCUGGGUUCCAGAUAUUGAAGGAUUUGUGUUGAACUUUAGUGAAGAUGAUUUGAAGAAUAGUCUUAUGUGUUUGAUUCAAUCUCAUGUCACGAUACUACACGUAGAUGUGGAUGCAGCUUUUAAAGACAUUUCACCCGAUCUUGUAAAAUUUCAGUUUUAUAGUUUGGGAAAUAGUACUCCUGAAGGCAACAGGUUUGUCCUUGAGAUUGCAGUUGGUUAUACGGGCGGGAUAGUGUUCUAUGACAAAGAAGGUCCCCUGGCGUAUCACGUUAAAGGAGGGGAGGUUGAAAGAAUCACCCCAGAUGAUUGGUUGUGCAGAGUAACAAAAACAUUUGAUGAUCUGAAAUGUAAUUCCUCUCCAUAGUAAGCAAGAACCUUUUGGUCAGUGGUCAGUGCCCUUUUUUGUACGGUAUCCUAAUUUCUUUGGACAUUGCCUCAUUACCGCACACAUUCUUCAUACAUUAAUUUUAUAUUUUGAUCAGAAAUAAUAUCAAAAUGACAUCCAGUUCCGAUGCCAAUCGUUCGAGUGUUUCAGAUGGCACCUUAGACAACCUUUAUAAAGGAAUGUCUUGUGCUUAUCAUAAACAAAGUGACGCCAGCAGUGACAGCCAUGCUGAAACAUCUGACAAUGCAAAUAAUGAGGCUCUAAAUGCUGUGUCCGGUGAUUAUAGUAAUGAAUCGUCCACUAUACGGAGACGCAGACGCAGAACAGAUCAAAUCCCAGAUGAAGUAACUGUUGAUGAGCAUCAGCCGCUACCUUCCAGUAAUUACCAGAAGGAUUUGUCAAUAGACAUUAUGAUGAACAUUCAAAAACAACAAGACACACUACUGAAGGAGAUAAGGGAGAUCAAAGACACACAGAAGGAGAUUCAACGAGAUUUAGUGAGAUUGAAAGGCGGCAGUAGUCAUGGUGACAACAGUGUGACGGGUCUUAACUAUGAAAGACGUGCCCGAUAUUCAAUCCGUCCUCUGAGCACAAUAUGUACACAAACGUUCACUGAAAUUCAAGAAACACCUUUUUCGGGAUCAUCGUCAGAAGAAACAAACGAAGAUGUUUUCAAUACCAAACUUUAAGAAUGUCAUGAUUGUGUGAGCACUGCGUAGCACGAACUGUCUAUAUAUAUACAGUCAUGUAUUAGUGUCCAAGCGACACAUGUUAAGUAAGUUCAUCGCCGAUAUGAAGCUGUGCAGUUGACAAUUAGACGGAAAGUCAAAUCAUUAUUGCUUUCGGAAGUUUGUGAAGUGCUUACGACAAUAGUCAAUGAGCGUAGCACGGCAACGGUCUUUACGACAACGAAGUUGCAAUGCAGUGAAGUUAACAGCACUUAUAAACCUAUCAUGGUGUUGUAACCAUCUCCCAGACGACCUUUCUUUUGUAGUAAGACCACUCAGCAAGUUUUACAAUUGCUCCUCAGGUUUU